AUGUACUAUAUCCUUUACCUGGCAAGCCUCUGCCGCCGUCGCCACUGGCACGAACCCUCCUACGAAGCCUACACCAGCCAAACGGGGUUUACCUGCAUAGUCCGAGUAAACAACCGCGAAUACCAAACGGAAAGUGUCUGCGAAUCAGAAGUACUAGCCCGGGAAAGCGCAGCCAUGCGCGCAUAUCUCAUCUGCCGCAAUUUCUCCGUCAACGACGGCAUGAUUCCUGCAGGCCAUGCGAGACACGGAGGGGCUGUGCAGGGAAUCCCUGUUGCUAUUGGGACAGGACGGAAGUCGAGGGAUGAUGAUGAUACGGAGGGAAGUACUAGUAGUGGGAGUUGGAGUGGGGGGAGUAGUCCUGAGCGGAUGGAUCGAGAUUUUCAUAUGGGAUUGGCUGGGGAUGGAUCUGGGGAUGGGUUUGGGUCUGAGAGGGGAACGAGGCCUGUUUCUUUAGUUGGGAUGGUUGAUUAUGUGAGGGAGAUGUGA